CAGCAAGCUGAUUUCAUCAUCCAAUUCCAAGAAAACUACUUCCGGGUCAUUUCAUAUCACAGGUCAAUCACAUGUGAAAAAAUGGCGAUGGAGACACCGGCAGUGGACAAUCUGGCAGUACAAGAUUUGGACAAUUUGGAUAUUUCCAAGUUGAAUCCUCUCUCCCCUGAAGUUAUAAGCAGACAAGCAACUAUUAAUAUUGGUACAAUUGGUCAUGUAGCCCAUGGUAAAUCCACGGUCGUGAAGGCCAUCUCAGGUGUUCAGACUGUCAGGUUCAAGAACGAAUUGGAAAGAAAUAUUACCAUUAAGCUCGGCUAUGCAAAUGCAAAGGUGUAUAAGUGUGAUAGUCCUGCUUGCCCAAGGCCUGGGUGCUACAGGUCAGCUGGUAGUAAUAAAGAUGACUCUUUUGCCUGUGAUAGACAAGGCUGCUCAGGCAGGUUUAGAUUACACAGACAUGUAUCAUUUGUAGAUUGCCCUGGUCACGACAUUCUUAUGGCAACUAUGUUGAACGGAGCAGCUGUUAUGGAUGCAGCACUGCUGUUAAUAGCCGGCAACGAAUCCUGCCCUCAGCCCCAGACGUCGGAACAUCUUGCAGCCAUUGAGAUCAUGAAGCUCAAACACAUCCUGAUCCUUCAGAAUAAGAUUGACCUGGUCAAAGAGAGUCAAGCGAGGGAGCAAUACGAACAGAUCCUAAAGUUUGUUCAAGGGACGGUAGCUGAAGGAGCUCCAGUCAUUCCUAUCUCUGCACAGCUGAAGCAUAAUAUAGAAGUCAUCUGUGAAUAUAUCACCAAGAAAAUACCUAUCCCAGUGAGAGACUUUACUUCAGAACCUAGACUAAUUGUGAUCCGAUCAUUUGAUGUGAACAAGCCCGGAUGUGAGGUGAAGGAUCUGAAAGGGGGUGUAGCAGGAGGUAGUAUCCUCAGAGGAGUAUUAAGGAUUGGGCAAGAGAUAGAGGUUAGACCUGGUAUUGUCUCCAAAGAUAGUGAAGGCAAGCUUCAAUGCAGACCUAUCUUCUCCAAGAUUGUCUCUCUUUUUGCUGAGAAGAAUGAUCUCCAGUUUGCAGUUCCCGGAGGGCUCAUUGGUGUUGGUACAAAGAUCGAUCCCACGCUAUGUCGAGCCGAUCGUCUAGUGGGUCAGGUGCUUGGUGCAGUAGGGGCUCUUCCUGAUAUCUACACUGAACUUGAGAUCUCCUACUUCCUUCUCAGGAGGCUGCUCGGUGUCAGGACAGAAGGGGAUAAGAAAGGAGCUAAGGUUCAAAAGCUGACCAAGGGGGAAGUACUCAUGGUCAACAUUGGGUCCUUGUCGACGGGAGGACGCGUCCAAGCCGUCAAGGCUGAUUUGGCUAAGGUUGUUUUGACCAUUCCUGUCUGCACAGCUAUUGGAGAGAAGAUUGCCCUCAGUAGGAGAGUUGAGAAACAUUGGAGGUUGAUCGGAUGGGGACAGAUCAGGAGGGGUGUCACCAUCAAACCUACGACCUUUGACUCAUAGAGGUUGACCUAGGUCAACAUCAGUAGGAAACACACAUCACCAUGGAAACCUUCCACUUAAUGACAAUUCUUCAUCGGCACCUGUCCAUGUGAUUGUGAUAUCAUUUGUGGAGGAGCUGUGCUUAUCAUUGUCACUAGACCCUGUUUCACAAAAGUUGUUAUCAUUGGCAAGAUACAACAUUCUGAAACUCUAUCUGGAUGGCGGCAGGAUCUUGUCAUUGAAUUCUAGUAUCUGUUGAUAUUGAGGAUUUGUGACGCUUUAUGCCAUCUAUAUCAGAGCUCUAAACCCUGGACUAAGAUUGACUAGGGCUUUCCAUUGUCGGCUUUAAUGAAUACUUGCUAUGAAAAACAUGUGUGAACACACACAUGUCUUGAGGCAGUUAAAUUGCUAUCUUGUUCCCAGCAUAUCUGUUUCUUACUGUCCUUACAGUACUGAUGAGAUGAGAUAUCAGUUUGUGUUUUAAUCAGUGUUUACUGUGUAACAACUCCCCUCCCCGAACCAAAGAAACUUUCAACAUAAUGUACCUUUAUGAAUGAUUUCAUAUAGGUACAAAUAUUUAUUCUUAUUGUUGACAAGCCUUUACCGGGCAAUUCCAUAAAAUUUGUUGGUCCGGAAGCUUUAGGUCAUAACUAAUUACCAAUAGUUGGUAUGAAAUGUUGUAAUGUUCUCAACCCAUCUCGGCGUGAGCAAUUCAUGAAAUGAAGUAAAAAUGGGGGUUGGACGUGCAACAAGGUAAAUUAUUCUGUGGAGUUGAUAUUAUGAAUGAUCUGUUAAUUCAAAGUCUUCUUGGCAAUCAAUAAUAGACCUUUCUGUAUCAAAGUAUAUCUUUGUAUCAGUAGAAUAUUGUUUAUAGAAUGUUAGCAUGUAACAGUAACAGUGAUGAUAAAACCCCGAAGUGAUCACAGUUUUUGUGUUUUCAUGACAUAUUGUAACAUUGGUGUACUUGGAUUCGGGUUAAGUUGGCAUGACUGUGCUAUUAUUGAAAUGAAAUCAAAGAUCGUGGUACUCUCCUUUGUCUAUUGCACAUCAAAAUAGUCCUCUACCACCAUUCCAAAUAACUGGACAGCAUAAAAUACUUCAGUUCAGUGAAAGCACAUGAACAAAAUAAAGUCGUUGCUUGCGCACCAUUCCAAAUGACUGAACAGCAUGAAAUAUUUCAGUUUGGUAAUAACACAAUACAAAGAAGAAAAAUAGUGAAGAAUAGUGAGUGUAUAGUAUGUACCUGAUUCUAUGAAUCUAAUUAUUUUGUAGAUGUGAUACAUAAUUCUGGAACAUCCUUGUUAUUAUUAUUGUAUGAGUAAACAUAUGUUUACAAAUGUUCUGACAAUAAUUUUUAAUACUUAAUCCCUAAUAGGGCUGUGUUAUUUAGACCCAUCUCACGGGGGGGGGGGGGGGCUAUCCCCAAUGGGCCUUUUAGGGUUAAAUGUAGAAUACAAAGGGGUGUGGUUGGUAUGCAGGUGUUCUGACCAAUUUCCAGCCCAUUAUGUCAAAAAAGAAUAGUCCAAAAUAGUUUUCUAAGAAUCUUACAUAAACUGCAGUUGCUUCAGGACAGAAUAUAUCCCCGAAUAGCAACAUGCAAGAUAUGGAAGCAUGUGUAUAUUAAAUUAAUUUACUUAUAUCCUCAAACAUAUCUGAUUCCAAUUUUCAUUUUGUCUUUCUUUAUUAGACAAAGAAUGUACAUAUAGCCUAUGACUUUUCUAUCAGUUGCUAAAGAAAAAAUAUUUCAAAAAUUCUGAAACAAUGGCACAGUUUUGGAAAAUGCCUUUUCUGUAAAAAAACUAAUUUGCGUGGAGUGUUGUGGCCCAGUUGGUCGGUCUCCUGACUGAAAAGGGAUCAUGGGUUCAAAUCCCAGCCAUGGCAUAGUUUCCUUCAGUAAGAUGUUAAGCCACAAUAUGCUGCAGUCAACCCAGAUGAGGUAAAUUGUUACCUAGCAGGAAUUUAUCCUUGAAAUGCUUGCACACUUUAAAAGACUGUUUGGCUUAAUCCAGGGUAAAACAUCCAACACCUGUGGAAGUGAAUAUUAUAUUAUUACUCAAAAUUGUGAUAAUAUCAAUUUGGAGGAAGGGAGAAUUUUGGAGAAAAAAUUGAAGUUGUUUGUUCAGCAUUGUGUGCAUAUACAUUGUCCUUCCUGAAAUCCUCCCUAGGGAGUAGGGAAUGUGUAAGCCCGAAUCUAGUAAACAGAAUAAUACAUUGAUAUAUGUAAAACAUUUAUUGACAUUGUUCAGAGCAUUGACUCGUCCGGCUUUUGCCUCGUUUCAUUCCCUGACAACUUCCAUGUUAGGCUUUACAUUGUGCAGCCCAUUCAGGAUCAGUCUUCUUUUCAGACCCAGUGACUGGCAUUCUGAUUGGUGUAUAUAGUAUGGUAUAAAAGAGGAAUGUCAUAACUAUUGAUAAAAUGCUAUUCAGUUCUCUUUUCCUUUUUUUUUCAUUGUAUCUUUGACAAAUAUUUCUUAUUUUCUUCUAUUUUCCCUUAAUUGAGCAUGAAGUUAUUUAUCUUAACAAUUGAAAAAAUACUAAAUGAAGUUUGGUUAUCUUUUCCAGAUAAUGUUGAUAAUCAGUUUUUCAGUUAUUUUCUCCCCCAUGUAGUUUGGGUACAUCGUUAGAAAUGAGUGUCUGUGAAUGUGGAACAGUUUAAUGUUCUACGACAUGGGAUGUUUGUUAUGACAUCAUGAAUCUUGUGUAGAAAUUGAAUGAAACAUUAAAUGAUUAAAUUGUA